UAAUUUCAAAUAGUCGUCAUCAUGCCUCCUCAUUCCUCUGGGCCUGUACUAUUUAUGAUAAAUGGGCCUAAAAGGCUCAAAUAUAUAAGCCCAUGUAAAUAUCCAUCGAUUUAUUCAGGCGAAAGGGUGAAACAACACACUGUAGUUCUGGAAAAUUAAUGGUGUCGUCAAAGAAACCCAAGGAGAAGAAGGCGAGGAGCGAUGCCGUCGUCAAUAAAGCUGGUGGCCGGAAUACACGCAGCUCCGGUUCCAAAGCGAGGAAGGCGACGAAUAAGGUCAACAUUGUGAAGAAGGUGCCGGAGAUUCACGAGAUCUCAGAAUCUUCGAGCAGUGACUCUGUGGAAGAAGCAAUAAGAGGUGAUGCGGCGAAGAAAAGUAAUGGCGUCGUGAGCAAAGGCCGUAACGGAAAGAGUGGAGGAGUUCCGACGAAGACGAGUAAAAAUCGGGAAGAGGACGACGGAGGUGUGGAAGAUGCUAAGAUGUUUAAGUUUCCGAUGAAUCGGAUUCGGCGGAUCAUGAGAAUCGACAAUUCCGCUCCACAGAUUAUGCAGGAUGCUGUAUUUCUUGUCAACAAAGCCACGGAGAUGUUCAUUAAGCGGUUUUCUGAAGAAGCUUAUGAUAGUUCCGUCCAGGACAAAAAGAAAUUCAUCCACUAUAAACACCUCUCAUCCGUAGUGAGUAACGACGAGAGAUACGAGUUCCUUGCGGAUAGUGUUCCCGAGAAACUUAAAGCAGAGGCCGCGUUGGAGGAAUGGGAAAGAGGCAUGACAGAUGCAGGCUGAAAUAUAUCUAGUUGGAAUCGAAUUGAACCGUUUGGGUGAAACUUUGUGUCCCUGUCCUGGUUUAUAGGUUCCAUCUGCCCAAUUCUUCAACUUUCUAAUUAACCCCUUAUGAGAUUGCACAUAUUUGAUUUCUAGAAUGUAUACUUUUUUUUGUUGUUCUUGUUACAACUUCAUCAAAUUUGUAAGAGUUGUCGGAAUUCUAAUAUUGUACUUUCCCAA